AUUUCUGAUAGCAAUAGACGGCAGUAAUGAAUGAAAAACAAAAUCAUAUGAUUUGUUGAAAACAUUCAAACGUUUGGUUUGUUUUUAGUGAUCAUCUGUUAAGACAUGGAUUUACAAGACUUGUUUCAGAGCUGUAAGAAAGGAGAUCUCAAUAUCAUUAAACAACUUGUCGAUCAAAAGGAGGUUGAGUUGAAUGUGAGGGACAAAUGGGAUUCAACGCCACUGUAUUACGCGUGUCUUUGCGGACACACUAAUGUCGUCAGAUAUCUUCUUAAAUCAGGUGCCAGAUGUGAGGCCAAUACUUUUGACGGCGAAAGAUGUGUUUACGGAGCACUGACUCCUGAGAUCAGAAAUAUUUUACUUAAAGAUUAUUUGGUGAUCACAUCAAAAACUAUUCAACGCAACCAUUACGAUGAGUUCUUGAGAAAAUGUCUAGAAAGUGGUGACUAUUUUGAUGUGAUAUUUUCAGUACACAAUCGGAUCUUUAAAGUCCACCGAUCGAUACUAUCCGUUACCUGUGAUUACUUCAAUGAUAUGUUUAAAAAUAAGUGGAAAAAUAGGAAAAUUAUUUAUAUUAACAAUUAUAAAGUGAAUCCAUUGGCUUUCAACAUAUUAUUGCUAUAUCUAUAUACCGGUCGUCUUGAAUGUGAUCUUCAUUUGAUAGAAGAUGUGAAAUCAUUGGUCAAACAGUGCAAACUCUAUAGACUAUUGCAACAAAUUGAUGAUUCCGUCAAAAAGAUACAUUCAUUUGAGUGUACAAAACCCGGAACUAAUGUCAGUACAAUCACUGUUGAAUCUGAAACCCAUUCGCAUCACUUCAAUAUACUUUACUUGAAUUGUAUCCCAAGAGAUGUUCACUUUUGGAUCGAUGGCUCAGAGCUGCCAUUUUUGACAGAUUUUUCGUCGUAUACUUUCUUUGAUGUUUACUUUAAUGUAGAAAAUCAACUCUUCAAAUGUCAUAAAGUCUUCUUUAGCGGUCGAAGUGAUUAUUUCAAAGCAUUAUUUAACGAUCACUUCAUGGAAGCGAAGAAACAAAUUAAUGGCAUUCAAGUAUUUGAAUUGUUUUAUAUAAGUAUACAAACAUUUCUGGUAAUUGCAUCUUAUAUUUAUCAAAAUAGUGCUCAGUUUAAUUUGAAAAAUGCAUACGAAGUCAUAAUGACUGCCGAUCUUUAUUUAAUGCCGGGUUUGAAGAGACAAUGCGCUAACUUUAUUGGACAACAUCUGACUGUUAAUAAUGUUAUAUCGACUUUAUUAACCUCUCGUUUAUUGCAAUUAACUAAACUCGAGGGUCAGUGCGCAGAGUUUAUGGCACAAUAUCUCCAUAAAAUUAUAAAUAAAGAGGAAUUUAAGGAUCUUAUUAUAAACGAUGCAAAGGAGGUUAAAGGUCGUCAGGAAACGGAUACAAUUGACAUAAUCGAUGACAUCAGAUAUAAUAUUACAAAUAAUGUUCAGACAUUUUCAGCCAUGUCUGAGGCCAACGAUAAGCUCCGUAUGAUUGAAGAGCUUCUGGAAAAUAUAGGUUUAGACGCAUAGA